CUGGUAUUUUCUUCUUCUUCUUUUCUCUCUCAUCCUCUCUAAAAAUUUUCUCCCAAAUUUUCUUUCAACAAAAUCUCACCGUUUCGCGUGAGUGAAGCGCAACACCCUCUUCAUCCAACCCUUUCUCUCUCUUCUCGCGAUUUCUCUGUCUUUCACUCUCUGUCUCAUCUCGCUAUUUCUUCGCACAAAAUCUCUGGAUUUCCCUAGUUUCCAGAGCGAUGGUUCGAUCUGUUAUGCGAAGAAGAACCCUUCCCUUUUCUGUAGCCGAUCAUUGGGAACGCACGUAACCGAGUCCUUAAAUCCCCUUUUACUACCUCGCCGAAGGCGGAUUGGAGGAGGAGAUCUGCGAUGCCGUUCUUGAUCUAGGGUUUCCCCCUUCAGUGGUGGUUCCAAAUCUAGGGUUUCGAAGACGAGGAGUGCGAUUUCGGUUUCGAAUUGAUGUUUCUUUUCAGGGGCGAAGCUGGGAUCGACACGGAAGAUGGAGGAUUAUGCAUGGGUGUGGUGGUGACCAGUGGAAACACAAUCGGCACAUGUGGCCUGUAUCUGCUAACGCGACCACUGUAGCCAUCGAUUCUUCACCGUCUCAAUUUAUAUGCAAAGAUGGACGCAAGAUUCGCGCUGGUGAUUGUGCACUCUUCAAGCCACCUAGGGACUCCCCUCCUUUUAUUGGAAUAAUUCGCAAGCUAUCUUAUGAUAAACAAGAAAGUCCAAGUUUAGAAGUACAUUGGCUUUACCGACCUGCUGAUUUAAAACUUGCUAAAGGAAUUGUGCUGGAAGCUGCACCGAACGAAGUUUUUUACUCCUUUCACAAGGAUGAAACACCUGCUGCAUCAUUACUCCAUCCGUGUAAAGUCGCAUUUCUUCGUAAAGGUGUUGAACUUCCUUCAGGGAUAUCCGCAUUUGUCUGUCGACGAGUUUAUGACAUUGAGAACAACUGUUUAUGGUGGCUAACUGAUAAGGACUACCUUAAUGAACAACAGGAAGAAGUUAACCAGCUAUUAGACAAGACAAAACUAGAAAUGCAUGGGGCUGUGCAGUCAGGAGGCCGUUCUCCAAAACCCUUGAAUGGUCCAGCAUCAACACAGUCUUUGAAAUCUGGUUCUGACAACAUACAAAAUAGUUCUUCGUUUGGUGCACAGAGUAAGGGUAAAAAGAGAGAGCGGGGUGAUCAGGGUUCUGAUUCAUCUAAAAAGGAGCGGUUAUUUAAGAUAGAAGAUGGAGAUUCUGGUCAGUUUAGACCGGAGAGCAUGUUAAAGUCCGAGAUUGCUAAAAUAACUGAUAAAGGUGGGCUUGUGGACUUUGAAGGAGUUGAAAAACUGGUACAGCUUAUGCAGCCUGACAGUGCUGAUAAAAAGAUUGAUUUACCUGGGCGGAUAAUGCUUGUUGAUGUAAUUGCACUUACAGACCGGUACGACUGUCUGGGCUGGUUUGUACAGCUUAGGGGUUUACCUGUAUUGGACGAAUGGCUGCAGGAGGUCCACAAGGGCAAAAUUGGUGAUGGAAAUCCCAAAGAAAGUGACAAGUCUGUUGAUGAUUUUUUAUUAGCUUUACUGCGUGCAUUGGAUAAGCUUCCUGUGAACCUUCAUGCACUGCAGACCUGUAAUGUUGGAAAGUCUGUCAAUCAUUUACGCACGCACAAGAAUGCUGAAAUUCAGAGGAAAGCCCGGAGUUUAGUGGACACAUGGAAGAGGCGUGUGGAAGCUGAAAUGAACAUGAAUGAUUCAAAGUCUGGUUCAAACCGUGCUGUUUCUUGGCCAGCAAAGCCAGCAAACUCGGAGUCUCCUCAUGUUGGAAAUAGGAAAACAGGUGGGUCCUCUGAUAACGUCGUGAAGAGCUCUGUAAUUCAACCCUCAUUAUCUAAAAGUUCCCAAUCUAAGUUAAGUUCUGGAGAAGCUUUGUCGAAGUCUUCAUCUCCUGGCUCUACUAAAUCAUUGACUACCCCCGCAGGCGUGAACUCAAAAGAUCAAAACAGUAAAUUCUUUGUUGGAGCUGCAACCUCAGAUCUACCUUUGACACCUAUCAAAGAGGAGAGGAGCAGCAGUUCUAGUCAAUCUCAAAAUAACAGUAUAACUUGUUCUAGUGAACAUGCUAAGACUAUUGGUUCUUGCAAGGAAGAUGCAAAGAGCUCCACUGCGGUGUCAAUGAGUGGAAGUAAAAUUCAUGGUUGUACAUCUCGAAUUCGCAAGUCAAGCAAUGGUGUACAUGGGGCUGGUGCUGCAGUAGGUCAAAAGGAGCACAACUCUGCUAAACAUUCAACCAGAAAUUCACCUUCUGAGAAAGUAUCACCAACUCGAGCAUCCCAUGAAAAAUCAGUUGACCAGGCCAUUGCCGAUCAAGGGAAUAACCAGCGAUUGAUUCUUAGGUUGCCAAACACUGGUCGCAGUCCAUCAAGGGGGGCUAGUGGGGGCUCUUUUGAAGAACCAGCUACAACGAGCAGCAAAGCUUCAUCUCCUGCAGACCGGAAUGAUAAUCAGGACAGAAGAGUGAAAACUAAGGCCGAGUGUUUGCUGACCCAUGUGUCAAAUAUGAUGAAUGAGGCUUGUGAUGCUAAUGAUGCUUUGAUUGGUGAUGAAGGUAAGGGUACUCCAAUAGUUGAUGAGCGAAGCAGGACAAAUGAAGAUAGUGAUAAGGUAUUGGAAACACCAAAGCCAACUAGUUUGCCAUCUGGGUUUGUUUCCAGAUCAGGGCAGACUUAUGAUGCUUCUUUAAGCCCCAUGAAUGCAUUAGUUGAAAGCUGUGUAAAGUUUUCUGAAGCAAGUUCAUCCGUUUCCCAUGGAGAUGAUGGGAUGAACCUACUAGCUACUGUGGCUGCUGGGGAAAUAUCCAGAUCAGAAAAUGCGUCACCUGUGGCAUCCCCCGAGAGAAAGUCUCCUGCAGCAGAUGAAAUGUGCUCAGGCAAUGAUUUGAAGUUAAAGCAUUCUGGUGAAGCAGCUGUUCGCACCCUUUCAGAGUUGAAUGGUAGGGCUACAGGAGAGCAUCCUUUGAAUACAGUUGAUUCAUUGCAGAUAAAAAAUGAGUUGAGGCAUCCUGCCAUGACUCUGUCACGUGAUUUUUCAGGGGAUGGUGAAACCAUUUCAUCUUCCCAUGACACUAACAUACAUGUCUCCCCUACGAAUUUGUCACAAAAUGUUGAAGGUCCAUGCUUACGGCCCGAAACCAAAGAAAAUGCUUCUGUCACUAUACUGACAGCUAAAAAGGAGAGUAAUGCAGACACUGGAGUUUCAGACUCUAAAUUAUUGCCAAGGGCCUACUCUUUGGAUGAUGAUCAGAAGGUUGAUCACAUGAAUGAGGAGAUCAUUGAGGAUGAGAAAAUGUUGGUUUCAAAACCUGUUACAAAUGUUGAGUCUGAAAACGAAUCUGGUGAAAAGCAGCCGGAGUUAACUUCAGGUGUGGAUAAUGAGAACCAGAUUAGUGUGGAGAAAGCAAUUGGUACUGGAAUACUAGUGGAAAAGGCCUCUCCAAUUGCUGAAAACUGUGAGUCUGCAUAUUUAAAAAAGGAGUCACCUGCUUCUGGCAGUGCUUUAAUUGUACCCAAGGAUGAAAGUGCUGAUGACAUGAAGUCAGUUGUGAUUGAGCCUGAUGUAAGACCAAUGGAGCAAGAUUCUUCUGCUCCAGAUGAUUCUAAUGAAUGUGCUGAAGUUAAUAUGGGCAAAAAAGAAACCAUUCGUCCGUGUUCUGGUUCUUCAGUUCAGCCUGAUUUACAAGCAAUGCCUAGGACAGAGAGUGAAGUGUCCAAAUCAUGUGAGCAAAAGCUAGAUGCAAGUCUGUCUGAAGUAUCAGGAGAGAGGCAUGCAUGCUCUGCAGCUGGUGCUGAUGCAGCUGUAAAGCUUGACUUUGAUUUAAAUGAAGGCUUUCCUGUUGAUGAUGUAAGCCAAGGGGAGAUUGCCAGACAGGAUGAUCCUAUCACAUCAUCUGCAGUUCAUGUUCCUUGCCCAUUGCCUUUUCCUAUUUCGUCCAUCUCUGGUGGCUUCCACCCUUCAAUUACCAUUGCAUCCGCGGCUAAAGGGCGGCCCGUUAUUCCACCAGAAAAUCCAUUGAGGAUCAAGGGGGAGCUUGGAUGGAAAGGAUCUGCAGCCACCAGUGCAUUUCGACCAGCUGAACCUAGGAAAAAUGCUGAGAUGCAGUCCUCUACUAAUGAUAUUAGUUCUGUUGAUGUCACUUCUAUUAAACAAAAUCGUGCCCCCUUAGAUUUUGACUUGAAUGUGGCAGAUGAAAGAUGUUUUGAAGAUGUUGGUUCACAUGGUUCUUUAGAUUCUGGACCACAUGAUCGUAGUGUGGGACUUGAUCUUGAUUUAAACAGAGUUGAUGAGACUCCUGAAAUUGGUACUUUCUCUAUAAGCAAACUGGAUAUCCCUGCUUUACCAAGCAAGCCGUCAUUGUCUAGUGGGUUGUCUAAUGGUGGAAGUGUCUCAAGAGACUUUGACUUAAAUAACGGGCCUGGCCUUGAAGAAGUUGGUAGUGAAGUCCCUACACGUAGUCAGCAGCAGAUGAAAAAUUCUGUGCCGUUUCCAAGUGCUGUUCAUAGCACGAGAACAAACAAUGCUGAAUAUGGAAAUUAUUCUGCAUGGUUUCCUCCGGGCAAUUCCUAUUCUGCAAUUACUGUCCCGCCACUUCUAUCUGGUAGAGGGGAGCAGAGUUAUGUUACUGGCGCGGGGGCACAACGAAUAAUGGGUCCAACAGGUAGCACUCCUUUUGGUCCUGAAAUCUACAGGGGAUCUGUACUUUCAUCCUCCCCGGCUGUUGCUUAUCCAUCCACUACAGCUUUUCCAUAUCCUGGAUUUCCAUUUGAAACCAAUUUUCCAUUAUCCUCAAACUCCUUUUCUGGUUCAACUGCAUUUAUGGAUUCGUCAAAUGUGGGCGGGCUAUGUUUUCCUACCAUGCCUACACAGCCAGUUGGGCCUGGUGGUGUCGUUUCAUCCACAUAUUCUCGUCCAUAUGUUAUGAGUCUUCCAGGUGGUACUAGUAAUGUGAUACCUGACAGCAGAAAAUGGGGAAGUCAAAGUCUGGAUCUUAAUUCAGGCCCUGGUUUAGCAGAUACAGAACGGAGGGACGAAAGAUUGCCUUCAGGAUUGCGGCAAAUGUCUGUCCCGAACCCACAAGCCUCAAUCGAGGACCACUUGAAGAUGUUUCAGAUGGCAGGUGCUGCUGCAUUGAAAAGAAAAGAGCCUGAUGGUGGUUGGGAUGCUGAAAGAUUCGGUUAUAAGCAACACUCACGGCAAUAGUGUCAUGGUUCGUCCACACAAAUGUUCAAGAGCUAUUAAGGAAAAUUGUCUGAUAAAUUGGAGAUAUUUGAGUGUUGAGCCAUGGAAAAUGAGCAGAGAUGGUACCCUUGCUGCUGAUGUGCCGCUUCAUUUCUGACUUGAUAAGCGAUCCAGAUCCUCUGAUGCAGUUGUUUUGUAUGAAUCUGCUCCCAGAUUGUCGCUUGCAGAUAAGUGUUUCCUGUGUAGAUAUCUAACUGAAACAGCAGGUGUGAUAAUGCCGCCGCUUAGAAUCAGAGAAAUUGGCAUCAAGUGUUUGACUGUGACUGUUCUGCAACAGCACCGACCCCAAUCCAUUCUCGAGCAUUUGGAAGGAGAGGAUUGGAUGUAUGAACUGGCUUAGGCUUGAGGCCAGUUUGUCUUCUUUAAAUCAUUUUUUUUUUCAACUUUUGUUACAUAUAUAGUUAUUGCUGUAGUCUUGACUUUCGAAUUUUGUCACUUAUCACAUUCUGGUUAUUGAUAUAUGCACAGGUUAGCCACCAUGGCCUAUGUGUCUCGUCCCUCUAUUUGUUAUCGCCCUUCCUUUGCGUCUUUUCUUUUGGUAUUAUAACUAGAAUUUGUUUAUAGAGUUUCUUUGAAUUCUUCUUCCUUUUAUUGUA